AUGUCACAACCUAUGUAUGAAGUAAGUGGUCAGAAGCAAAGUCUUAUGUGUACAUGCUUCAAGGCUCAAAUUGUGUUUGAUGGAAAAGGAGAUUCAUACUGGUGGGUGCUAUGUGUUGAAAAAAGUUUCAAAGAGCAAGGAACACCAAAAAAGAUAAAGCUGCCAGAAGUUGUGACCAAAUUGUAUGGUCAUGCUCGUCAAUGGUGGUUUUGGGGGUCUCAACUCCAUCCACCGUUAUGUUGGGAUACGUUCACCACUGUAUUUCUCUGGCAUUUUAAAUUUGAAUGGCGGGAAAUUUUUCCAAUAGAAGAGGAGGAGGAUCCAGAUCUUAAAUCUAUGAAAACCAUAGAAGGAACUUCCUUCCUUGAAGAUCUUGCACCAAUUCCUGUAAGUAAUAAGUGCGUCUAA